AUGAGCACGAUACCAUGCCAAUGGGGACACAGGACCUUGAGGCAGCUGUGGCUGCAGCUGCUGCGCCUCCUGUUUCUCCUCCUUCAGCCAAAGGUGCCACAUGGGAUGAUGCGGCCUUGCGGUCAGACAGCCCAGGGACGAAACGUGCCAAAUACCAACAACGGGUGGAAAUUGAUGCUCAAUCAGAGGUUCCACAAGAAGAUUCUACCAGUCAUGUUCCCAGUGAUACUAAAGGGGAUGAAGCCGAAGUUCCAGAUCACACCUCCUCGGAUGCCGAGCCUGAAGUGGCUGGACCACCGAAGGUCUUCACUCGCCGAGAUCAACUUUCCCUUCGUGCUGGGAAGAAAGAGGAGAAUGCAAAGACCAAGAAACAGAAGAACAAUCAGACCGGAGAAGAGAAGAAAGCUGACAAGAGAAAAACAUCGGCCAAAACUUCGGAGAAGAAAGAUGACAAGACCAAUGGAGAAGGACCAGAACCAGAGCAAAAGAAGAAAGGCUUCAACUGCUUUGGAUGGCGAGGGUGGCAUGCCUGACCAGCCAAAGGCCAGCGCAAAGGCAAAGAGCAAGCCAUCGCCCAAGUCAAAAGCAGUGAAAAAGUCCAAGAGUGCAGACAAGAAGCCGGAGAAGAAGAAGAGCCAGAAGAGUCAGAAGAAUCAGAAGGAGCCGAAGGAAAGCCAGAAGCCUGAGAAAAAGAAGCAUGCGAAAAAGACUGAGAAGACAGGAGAGACAGACAAGAAGCCGAGAGCCAGGUCAAUCAAGGUGUCUGAGGUAGAUGUGGAGGCUCACCCAGACUUGCAAGCUGAGAUUGCUUCGUGGGUCAAUGACAACAUCGACUACAAAGACUUGGCCACUUUGAAGGCAUGUGUCAAAGAAGCCCGUCUCAGGUUUGACUUCUUCCGGCUCAACAUCUACUGGACUACCUUCAAAUGCGGCUUGACCAUGCGAAAAAAUGGUGAAAAGGAAGGCGAUGUGGCCAACUUCAGCUUCUUUGAGAAGACCCUUCGAGCUUGCGCAGUUGCUAUUGCGUGUGCUGAGCAUUUGGCAUACUACAUGGACGAGUCGGAUGCUCCUGACGUUGCAGCUUUUGAGAAGUCGCUGGAGGAGUGGAAGCAGGCCUACCAGAUGGCUGGUGCUGCGGUUCUGCACCAGAACAUGGUGUGA